UGGAAAAAUCAGCAGGCAGGUUUCUGCAUCCAUCCUAUAUUGUGCGCAGUGUGUGGACCAUUUGGCUUUCCAUAACUGACUGUCCGGUGAAUGCUGUUAGGAGUUAUCCAGCUUUCCAUAUCCUCCCCACCCCUCGCGUCCAUUGGAUACUAAAAGCCAGCUCUGGUUUUCCAGAGGAAAACAGCUCUCAGGCUUCUGUGCGCGCGAGCCGGAGUCUGGGUCACUUUUCCAGGCACCAUGUUUCUCUUGUUCGUGGUGUUUGCGGCUUUGGUGUUACUUCUUUUCCUCCUUCAUGUCCGUUUUCCGUAUUUCGUGUACGAUGUGCUGUAUGUGCUGAAGGGAAUCCGCGUGGCCAUGAAGAUGAGGAAGUUCCGCAGCUCCACUCCGUGCUACACCAUCCUGGACCGGUUCUUAGACGCGGUGAAGAAACAUCCUGAGAAGAAGUUCCUGGUGUUUGAAGGUCGCUCCUACACGUACAGCGAGGCGGACAGACUGAGCAGUAAAGCGGCCAGGGCUCUGCUCCAUCACACCGAGCUGCAGGAAGGAGACACAGUGGCUCUGUUCCUCGGGAAUGAGCCGAACUUCAUCUGGGUCUGGCUCGGACUCUCCAAACUGGGCUGCACCGCUGCGUUCCUCAACUCCAACAUCCGCGCCAGGUCCCUGCUGCACUGCUUCAGCUGCUGCGGGGCAAAAACCCUCAUCGCUGGGGCAGAUUUGCUGGAAGCGGUAGAGGAAGUACUUCCUGUAUUAAAGGAGCAGGAAGCGAGUGUCUUCCUGCUGGGUGAAAGUUGUGAGAAGAAUGGAAUCAUAAACCUAAGCGAGAAAAUGAAUGCUGUGAGCGAUGAGCAACUACCGCGAUCACUUCGAUCCAAAAUCACCAUGAAGGCCCCUGCACUCUACAUCUACACUUCAGGCACCACUGGUCUUCCGAAAGCGGCUGUGAUCAGCCAUGAGAGGGUGUGGAUGGCCACCUUCCUACAGAAAAUGUCCGGUGUCUGUUCUGAUGAUGUCAUCUACGUGUACCUGCCCCUGUACCACAGCGCUGGCUUCCUCAUGGGCCUGACUGGGUCAAUAGAGCGGGGAAUCACAGUGGUGUUGAGAAGGAAGUUCUCAGCGUCUCAGUUCUGGAAUGACUGCCGGAAGUACAAUGUGACGGUGAUCCAGUAUAUCGGAGAGAUCAUGCGCUACCUCUGUAACACACCCAAGACGGACAGCGAUCGCAUGCACAAAGUGCGUAUUGCCCUCGGGAAUGGUGUGCGUGGCGACACGUGGGCGGAGUUUCUGCAGCGAUUUGGAGACGUGCGUGUCUGCGAAUGCUACGGAGCAACAGAAGGAAAUAUUGGCUUUAUCAACUACAUCGGGAAAAUAGGUGCCAUCGGACGGGCGAAUGUGAUCCUAAAGCGACUUGCACACUUUGCUUUGAUUAAAUUCGACACUGAGAUGGAAGAACCAGUACGAGACUCUCGAGGAUUGUGUGUGGAGGUUUCUACUGGAGAGACAGGACUGCUGGUGGCUAAGAUCACUAAAGUGGCUCCCUUUAGUGGCUAUGCUAACAACAAGCACCAAACAGACAAAAAGAAGCUGAGGAACGUGUUUGAACAGGGAGAUGUGUACUUUAACACUGGAGACCUCAUGAAAGUUGACCAGGAGGGCUUCGUCUACUUCCAGGACCGCAUUGGAGACACUUUCAGGUGGAAGGGUGAGAAUGUUGCUACCACUGAAGUGGCUGAUAUUUUGAUCAUGCUGGAUUUCAUAGAGGAGGCUAAUGUCUAUGGAGUCAAAGUGCCAGGUCAUGAGGGCAGAAUCGGAAUGGCUGCUAUCAUGCUGAAGGAGGGACGGGGCUUCGACGGCUCUGUAGCAUACAAGCACAUUGAGAACUACCUGCCCACAUACGCCAGGCCACGUUUCAUUAGGAUACAGGAGAUGCUGGACACCACAGGCACCUACAAACAGAUAAAGAUGAAACUGUCCGAGGAGGGAUUCAAUCCCAAAGCUAUCCAGGAUAAGCUGUACUUCCUGGACGACAGGAAGAAAACUUACGUCCCCAUGACGGAGGACAUUUUUAACUCCAUAAGCAAUGGACAACUGAGAUUAUAACACACACACACACACACCUCAAUCAAAUGCCUUAAAACAGAGAUGUUUAUUAUUCAAACAUAGGACAUAAUUACAUGUAUAAUUAGUAAUUUUCCAUUAAAAUUUCUGAUUAUAUACAAAGAACAGGAAGAAGGGAAUAAUGUAGCUAAAUCUCUGUAAUACCAAAAAACACAUUAUAGUUAUUUUUCUAUUCUUUUCUUUUAUAAUUUUGUUAAUUAUGUAAAGAUUUACAUAAGCCGAAGCUGAUGUCAGUAAAUAAAGUUUAAUUAAAGAACUGAUGGGAAAAAAUGUGAUUUGUGUAAAGAUUUGAAAUAGCGUGUGUUAAAAUCUUAACACGGACAGGAUCCUGUUUCUUUAACGCUAAAUAGUUUGUAGCUGAGACUGAUUUUGGUUACACCAACCAACCAAACAAAUACAUUUACGCGUAACUUAGACCAGUCUUUAUUCCGCAUGUCUGUGUAAAAACCCGCCACCUGUGACUUGCUAAUUAGUGCUACAAGCAAAGGUAUAAAAAAAAAAAAACACCCACAAAAUUAA